AUGCCGGCCGUGAGCAGUGCUAAUUGCCGUACCGUACCGUAUUACCAGGCCAAGGAAGAAGAAAAAAACGGUGCCGUCGCCUCACGACGCUCGAGCUGGAAGCUGCCGCAUGAGCCUCUCCAGAGCCCCAACGUCAAGAUGAACACGCUCAAGCACGGAAGCUCACGAGACAACCCAGCGAACUCGCAGCGUUUCUCAGAGCAAACGUUGACACGAAACAAAGCACGAGCCGACCGCUCGUCCGUCUACCCAAACCAGACCCAAGAAGAAAGAAGCCUGCGCCGAAGAAGCUUAUCCCAUCCGAGCGAGUCUUUUGCCCCCUUGACCAUCUCCUCCCUUCGUGUCCCCCUAGUACUCUCGCAAAAACGCUGGGUCGCAUCAGUCAAACACGCGAGAAUGACCUCGCUCCUCUCGUGGCCCUGCGAGUCUUUCUCCCUUGCGCACACGCAUUGA